CACAAACCUCCCCUCCCCAGGCCGAGGUCCAGCUAACCCCCUGGGCUCCCCCGGCAGCGGACAGGGAAGGGUUAAAGACACCCCCCCUCCCGGCUCCCUGCCCCCUGCCCUGGGGAACCCCUGGCCUGUGGGGACAUGAACUGUGUUUGUCGCCUGGUCCUGGUGGUGCUCAGCCUCUGGCCAGAUAGAGUCGUUGCCCCUGGGCCACCAGCUGGCUCCCCUCGAGUCUCUUCAGACCCUCGUGCAGAUCUGGACAGCGCCGUCCUCCUGACCCGAUCUCUCCUGGCAGACACACGGCAACUAGCUGCACAGAUGAGAGACAAAUUCCCAGCUGACGGAGACCACAAUCUGGACUCCCUACCUACCUUGGCCAUGAGUGCUGGGACAUUGGGAUCUUUGCAGCUUCCUGGUGUGCUGACGAGGCUUCGAGUAGACUUGAUGUCCUACCUCCGGCAUGUGCAAUGGCUGCGCCGUGCAGGUGGUCCUUCCCUAAAGACUCUGGAGCCAGAGCUGGGUGCCCUGCAAGCCCGACUGGACCGGCUACUUCGUCGUUUACAGCUCUUGAUGUCUCGCUUGGCCUUGCCCCAGGCAACCCCAGACCAACCUGUGGCCCCCCUGGGCCCUCCUGCCUCAGCCUGGGGAAGCAUCCGGGCAGCUCAUGCCAUCUUAGGAGGGCUGCACCUGACCUUGGACUGGGCUGUGCGGGGCCUGCUGUUGUUAAAGACUCGGCUGUGACCCGGGACUGAAGGCCACCAUCGAUGCCGCCCUUUACAGCCCAGAUCUUAUUUAUUUAUUUAUUUUGGUACUUGGAGGGGGGGCAUGAUGAUCAGGGGCAUGCCACACCCCAAACAACC